UCCUUCUCGCACUCAAUCAGGCAUCAACAAACAAAGUUCACGAAAAUCGACGACGAUAUCGACAACGCCCGACGACCAGCUUUGGAUGAACUCGACGAUCGUGGACGAAAUUCCAUUUCUGCCACCAACUCGAUAAGACGCCCGACGAAAAUGUUCAGUCGAAACCCGAAUAAAUCGCAAACAGAAAGCUUUUCCAAGAGUCGCCGCAGCACGAAACGGUCGUCCUUCCGCGAACAUGCCAUAUCCAAGAACCGCAGUGAACGACCCCGCAAGCCUCCGACCGAAGAAACCAACCCUCUCAGCACCAACUUGACCUCCUCAAUCAUAACCCUUGUCGUAGGCCGCGAACAACGCCUCUUCGCCGCCCACGAAGACGUCCUCUGCACAUCGCCCUUCUUCCAAGCAGCCUGCCGCACACAAUUCCUCACCACGGAAAACAAACGCAUCUCGCUGCCGGACGAGGAACCCGAGAUCUUCUCCUCGGUGCUGGAAUACCUGUACAAGGGCGACUACUACCCGAAGCUGGUGCACAACAAGCGUCGCAACGCGUGGGAGCUCGAGACGGGCGAGGGCGGGCAGAGCGUCGAGAGCACGGUGUACCAUCAUGGGGUGGAUGGCGAGCUGUUGAAGGAUACGGUGAUCUAUUGUACGGCGGAGAAGUAUGGGUUGGAGGAGCUGAAGAGGGUGGCUUUGAGGAAGCAGGGGUUGCAAUCCGGCAUCCAAUGCAGCACAAUCCUAACAUCAGCCCGCUACGCAUACGCCAACACACCGGACACCGACUCUAAGCUACGAGCCCACUACCUUGCGCUUAUAAUCCGCUCUCGCGGCACCUUUAAGCGUAGUGGUACCAUGCAGAUGGAGAUGCAGGCCGGUGGCUCGCAGCUCUUUUUCGAUCUGUUCGUUGCGUUGUGUAACCAUGUUGAUGAUGUGGCUUCUAUUGCCGGUUCGCCGAGAAGUGUGAGGACUCAUCAUUAGGACCUUGCUUGCUUGCUGUGUUUGAGAUAGGUGCGGAUGCUAAGAUAGGAUAAGAUAAGAUACGGUGAUGUGUUUAAUUUGUCCCCUCUUCUUCUUUUUCAUUUGAUAUUUGAUACCAGGCGUUUUGGUUGGGCUUACACUUGCACUUGUAUCA